AUGGGGGCAACUGCUAAACCCACUCUCUCAGUCGAUGUGAAGGAGCAGAGGAGGAGUUGGUGCCUCACUUGCUACGUUAGUGCAAAUGCCAAGGCCGAGGUGGCCUUGAACCGUAGGAUCCAGCUGGUUGAAGAGGAGCUGGACCGCGCCCAGGAGCACCUGGCCACUGCCCUGCAAAAGCUGGUGGAAGCGGAGAAAGCUGCAGAUAAGAGCGAGAGAGGUAUGAAGGUUAUUGAGAACCGAGCCUUAAAAGAUGAAGAAAAGAUGGAACUCCAGGAAAUCCAACUCAAAGAGGCCAAGCACAUUGCAGAAGAGGCAGAUCGGAAGUAUGAAGAGGUGGCUCGGAAGUUGGUGAUUAUUGAGGGGGACUUGGAAUGCACAGAGGAACAAACUGAGCUGGCAGAGUCCCGUUGCCGGGAGAUGGAUGAGCAGAUCAGACUGAUGGACCAGAACCUGAAGUGUCUGAGUGCUGCUGAAGAAAAGUACUCUCAAAAGGAAGACAAAUAUGAGGAAGAGAUAAAGAUUCUCACGGAUAAACUCAAGGAGGCAGAGACCCGUGCCAAGUUUGCUGAGAGAUCAGUAGCCAAGCUGGAGAAGACAAUUGAUGAUUUGGAAGAUAAGCUGAAAUGCACCAAAGAGGAGCACCUCUAUACACAAAGGAUGCUGGACCAGACUCUGCUUAACCUGAAUGAGAUGUAGAGCACCCCAGUCCUGCCCUGCCGCUGCUCCUCCCCCCUCUGAUCCCGACUCCACUGAGGCCAGCCUGCCCGAAGCUGGCCUUGAAACUGAGGACUGAUCUUUAACUGGAAGGCUGCUUUCUCCUUUUGCUGCCUCUCCCACUCCAACCCC